AAUGAGAAUACUUUCUUUUUACUAGAUCCCACAAGUUCUGCUCCGGCUAAAGAAGUAUCCUCCGAGUGACAAAGGACAGGACUUCAUGGAUGACGUGAAUAUAGCGUUUCAGUAUUUACUCCAGCUCACACCAUUACUGGACAAAGCUGAUCAGAGAUGCAAUUGCGACUGCCUCGGCAUGCUGCUGCAGGAGUGCAACAAGCUCGGUCUGCUGUCGGAUUCAAACACAACCUGCCUCACGUCCAAACGGGAGUUUUCCCCGAGGUUAAAAACGGCAGAAAAUGCUAACAUCCAGCCCAACCCCGGUCUCAUCCUGCGAGCUGAGCCCACUGUCACCAAUAUUCUCAAGACAGUAGAUGCAGACCACUCCAAGUCGCCUGAGGGUCUUCUGGGUGUCUUGGGUCACAUGUUGUCUGGAAAGAGCCUAGAUCUGCUCCUGGCAGCAGCAGCAGCCACUGGGAAACUCAAAUCCUUCGCCCGGAAGUUCAUUAAUAGGCUUAAUGAGUUUCCCAAGCACAUCAGCGGCGAAGGAUCCAAAUCGGCGUCAGUGCGGGCCCUGCUCUUCGACAUCUCCUUCCUCAUGCUCUGCCAUGUGGUGCAGACAUACGGUUCUGAGGUGAUCCUGUCAGACCCCAGCCCUUCAGGCGAGACCCCCUUCUUUGAAACGUGGCUGCAGACGUGUAUGCCUGAAGAGGGAAAGACCCUGAACCCAGACCACCCCUGCUUCAGACCCGAGCCCGGCAAAGUGGAGAGUCUGGUCACCCUGCUGAACAACUCCUCAGAGAUGAAACUAGUGUAAGAGAUGUUA